AACAACUCCAACUACUACGGCAGCACCUGCUUUAAAUGAUUUUCUAGCGAUGUUUGAUAAAGCAUGAAGUUGUCUAUAAAAUCGUCUAGAAGCCAUACCAAUCGGUUUUUGUCUGCAGAAACAUGGAGCUAAUUGGAGGUGGUGAUCAUAAGCCUAUUCAAGAUACAAUUCAUAAACAAAAGGUUUUUGAUAAGUUGUAUAUAGAAACACCAACCAUCUUAAGUCAUCCCUUGUCAAAACAUGCUGGACUCAAGGUUUACUUGAAGCUAGACAACCUGCAGCCUCCUGGUUCUUUCAAAAUAAGGGGGAUUUCACACAUGAUUCAAAAGGCUGUUGAUAAUGAAAGCUGUGAUCAUGUGUACUGUGCUUCUGGGGGUAAUGCUGGGAUGGCAGCUGCCUUUGCCUGCAGACAACUUGGGAUAUCAUGUACCAUUAUAUUGCCGAAAUCAACUCCGGCAUUCUUAGCUGACAGGCUCAAGCUUCUAGAUGCUGAAGUUAAGGUCCAUGGUGAUUUUUAUGAUGAAGCUAAAAUCUUAGCUCAGGAGCUAAGUACACAACCAGGAGCUCUUUAUGUACCAGCUUUUGAGCACCCAGAUAUUUGGGAAGGCCAUGCCAGCAUAAUUGAAGAAGCGUGUCGCCAACUGGAGGAGAAGCCUGGCCUUGUGGUGACCAGCGUGGGGGGCGGGGGAUUGUGUAAUGGUAUAGUGCAAGGGAUGAGGAGUGUGGGGUGGGAGGAUGUGCCAGUUCUAACAAUGGAGACAGAGGGAGCUCAUUCCUUUCAUGCUGCAGUACAAGUUGGGGAGGUGGUGACUCUGCCUGCUAUCACAAGCAUCGCAAAAACUUUAGGUGCUCUAAGUGUGUGCCCCACUACAUUGGAAUAUUACAAACAAGCUCGACCUCAACUUCUGCCUUACUUAAUCACAGACAAGCAAGCUGUCAAUGCCUGCAUCAAGUUUGCUGAAGAUCACCGUUUCCUGGUUGAGCCUGCAUGUGGCGCUAGUCUAGCAGCUAUUUAUAGCAACAUUGUCAAACAGCUGGUGACAGAGCAGAAGUUGUCAGAUGUAACUUCAGUCCUAGUUGUUGUGUGUGGCGGGUCCAUUGUCUCCACGUCUGUCAUGGAGGCCUGGAGGCAGGAGUAUGGUAUAUGACACUGUUGAUAGGGGAAACAUUUCAUAGGUGACACUGUUGAUAGGUGACAUUUGAUGACAUUGUUGAUAGGGGAAACUGUUGAUAGGUGACACGGUUGUUUUUAUGUCACUUUAACUGUUUAUGUAUGAAACUAUUCACAUAUAACAGCUAGCAGUGAUGUUACAAAACUGUUCAUUUGCCACACUGUUGUUGAUAUGUGAAAAAACUUGGUGCUGUAUUAAUUAAAGCUAAAACUGUAAAAAAGUAAGUUAUUUUACAAAUGCAUAUUCAAGUCAUUUUGUUGUGUUUAUCAUUAACCUUAGCCAAAAUCCUAGCCCUUCAAGUCUGACCUGAUAGAGAUACGUGCAAAAAAAUAAAAUCUUAAUAAUGAAAUGAUGAAGUAGAACCCUAUGAAUUUUUACAAAUUCCACUAUUUAAGCUAUUAAUCUAAGUAUGCUAUUUCUUUUUAUUCAAUAUCAACUAAUGCUAAUUGCAGGGGUUCUCUUAUUAUUAUAAUUAAUGUUAUAUUGUUUAUUUAUACAAGAUAACUAUUAGACUUGAUUUUCAGAUUAA